AUGAGUUCCCAUAGAAGGUCACAUUCUACUCACAGGGGGGACUCUAGAGAUGACUGUGACCAGGAGGAGCACAGAAGGAAAAUCACUAAGAGACAAUGUGAAGCGUGCAGUCACUAUGCCUUGGAACACAAAAGACUCUGCAGUGACUGCUUAUCCAAUGCAGCUGGUCCCAGUACUUCAGACCAAAUCUCCCAUCUCAUGAAUUGGAUGCAGACAUCUUUUGUAGACUCUAUGGCAUCUGCCAUUUCCAAAGGCACGGAGAAAGCUGUCAAAACUGUCACUCAGCGCUCCAGGGAUAGCCUAACUGACGUGUAUUCGGAUAAAGGCUCAGAAUCUAACUUUGAUUUAGAGAAAGUUGAACCACUGAUAUUGGCCCUUAGAAAAAUCUUAGAAUUGGACUCCGAAGAUGGGUCCUCCACCAACCAUGACAAAAUGUUCAAAUAUCGAAAGAAGGCAAAUCAUUUGUUACCCAUUCACAAGGUAAUUAAGGAAGAAAUCAAGACAGAAUGGGAACAACCAGAUCAGAAGUUCUUUGUAACCAAAAAGAUGAAUAAGAUGUACCCUUUUGAUACCGAAGAAACUAAGGACUGGGAAGAACCUCCUAAGGUAGACGCAGCAAUAACUAGAGUAGCUCGCAAAACCACUCUCCCAGUCGAUGAAGGCAUUUCUCUCAGAGAUGUGAUGGAGAGAAAACAAGAUAACACCUUAAAAAAGGCUACGGUUGCAGGAUCUAUAUGUAAACCAGCGGUAGCUAUUACCUCGGUUGCUAGAGCCAUGAAGCUUUGGUUACACAACCUGGAAGACGCCUUGACCAAUCGCGUCAGUAGAGAUCAAAUCCUGGAAGACUUACAAAUAGUAAAAUUGGCUACAGACUACAUAGCCGAAGCAUCUUUGGAUGCCAUCAGAUGUUCAGCCAAGAAUAUGGGGGUCAGUUGUUAUUUGGGUCUAAACUCGACGACAUCAUUUCCAAAGCCUCAGCUGGGAAAAGCUCAUUUCUCCCCCAAGACAGAAGAGGGAAAAGAAAUCUCUGGAACCCCAGGGAUAAACAAUCGUUCCAGGAAGCCAAAUCUUAUCGACCAGGCAAAAGAAAUUACAAUCAGCCACCAUGGAAGAAACCCAAUUCCUUUCGUCCUUUCAAAAGAGAAGACAAAGAUAACAAAAAAACAAGCAUGA